AUGAAUGGGGAAGGAAGAGAGGACGAAACUGCGAAGGACAAGGAUAAGUUGGUGUUCAUGUGCGGCUACCUUCCUGGUGCUCUGCCUGAGCGGUCCCCGAUUUCCUCUCCCGUCGUUGUAAGGUCCGACGGCUUCGGCUGGAAGGAUGCCUGCGGCGGCGGCUGCGGCUUCGCGAUGGCCAUUUCAGACUCUGGGAAGCUUAUUACGUGGGGUUCAACCGAUGAUCUUGGUCAAUGCUACAUCACAGCGGGAAAACAUGGGGAAAUCCCCGAGCCUUUCCCUCUUCCAACUGAUUCUGUCGUAAUAAAGGCUGCAGCAGGCUGGGCUCACUGUGUAGCUGCUACAGAUGUUGGGGAAGUGUUUACGUGGGGAUGGAAAGAGUGCAUCCCUUCAGGGAAGGUAUUUGGAGAUCCAUCUGCUUCCAGAAGUUCAGAGAACGAUGUUCCAGAAAGACCGUGUCCGUCUGCCUUGGACCAAGUUAGCCCUCGUCCUCAAGCUUCCAAAUCCGGAGGUGGGAAUUCAGGUGUUAAUUCUAGAGGUGCGGAUGAAAGUACGAAACGGAGGAAAGUAUCUGGAAAACAGACAUCUGAACCCUCAUCUUCUGGGGAUGAGUUGUUAUCAGCAGUGCCUUGUUUGGUUACACUUAACCCAGGAGUAAGAAUUGUCACUGUAGCUGCUGGAGGCCGCCAUACUUUGGCACUUUCAGAUAUAGGACAGGUAUGGGGUUGGGGAUAUGGAGGUGAAGGCCAGCUUGGCUUGGGCUCCAGGAUCAGAAUGGUGUCUUCUCCACAUCCUAUACCCUGUAUAGAGUCUUCUCAGGGUAGAGAUAAAUCCGGGGGUUAUUCUCGAGCAGGCAUGACUUCAGAGGGCCAAACAUUUCGAGUAGUUGGAAAUUAUAUUAAAGCAAUAGCCUGUGGUGGCCGGCACAGUGUUGUUAUCACGGAUGCUGGAGUGUUGCUCGCUUUUGGCUGGGGACUCUAUGGGCAGUGUGGACAAGGUAGUACGGAUGAUGAGCUGAGUCCAACCUGUGUAUCUUCAAUGCUGGGCAUUCGGAUGACAGCAGUCGCUGCCGGGCUGUGGCACAGUGUCUGCGUUUCAGAUGAUGGUGAUGUUUAUGCGUUUGGUGGGAACCAAUUUGGACAGCUGGGAACUGGUGUUGACCAAGCAGAGACACUUCCAAGGCUACUGGAUGCUCCGAGUUUGGAAAACGUAAGUGCGAGGAUGGUCUCCUGUGGCGCUCGUCACAGUGCCAUAGUAACCGGGGACGGGAAAGUGUUCUGUUGGGGGUGGAACAAGUACGGCCAGCUCGGGCUGGGAGAUGUGAUCGACCGCAACAUUCCUUCGCAGCUCACCAUGGAAGGCUAUACCCUUAGAAGCGUGGCUUGUGGGUGGUGGCAUACCCUGUUGUUAGCUGAACACCAGCUGCCUUGA